UCGGGUCUUUGUUUACUUUGUUUCCUUUUUGAUCCAUCUUGAAAAGAUUAAAUUUUUGUUAUGCUGGACAUCUCGCAAAUGUGUCGCGUUUGCAGGGACGAGUCCGAUUGUCUGCUGGACCUAUUCACAAAGAUGUCUGCCCCCAACAGGGAUCAGGAGCCGGAGCCGCAUUUGGCCAUCAUGUUGAAGGAGUGCAGCGGUUGCAACAUAGCCAGAUCGGAUGGAAUGCCGCAGUUCAUCUGCGUGGAGUGCGCGGAAGCGACGAGGAAUGCCUUUCGGCUAAGACGGCAAUGUCGAAAGAGCCAUAUAUACUUCGAACAGCUCCGUUUAAUGAUCGAGGAGCUGGACGGCAUCGAGGCUUGCCUAAAUGUGGAGAAUGCCACAGACCCAAACAAACAGGAGACGUCCGGGGAAGCCGAAACAUUUGAGCCUAAGGCCCUGGAACCCCUUUUUGUUGAACUUGUUGAGCUCAAAUAUAAGACGAUAUUGUCGCCAAAGAAAUUACAGCCUCCAGCGAAUAUUAAGGAAAAUAAAUCAUCAUCAGAGGAGAAGAUAGCAGACAGACCCUCUCGCAUUAGGAAGAGAGCAAGAUCCUCCUUGGAUUCCUGGAGUCCAAACAGUGACUUCGGCCAGGACAACGAUGAAAACUGGGAAGCCUCAAAAAAGAAAAAAACGAAGAAAGCCCAGAGAGCUUUGCAGUGCUUUUACUGCGACCAUUCCUUCGACCAAAGAAAACACCUCGAGAUUCAUAUGCGCGUCCAUACGGGCGAGCGGCCCUUUCAGUGUUCGCUUUGCCCGCGAUCAUUCACCCAGAAGGGCAACUUGAACACCCACUUCAGAUGCCACACUGGCGAGCGUCCCUUCAAGUGCCCGCACUGUCCCAAACGCUUCCGGCAAAUAGGACAAGUCCAUGUCCACAUCCGGGUCCACACCGGUGAGCGGCCAUUCAGGUGUUCAAUUUGCCGGUAUCGAUUUAAGCAAAAAGUUAACCUGCAGAAACAUAUGUUAACGCACACAGAAGUGAAGGUCCAGCCAAAAAGCCACGGAGCAGAUCAAGAUGUAGCUUAAAUUAUUGUAAGGCUCAUAAUAUCCCUUUUUCUGUUUAAGCCCAAGCAGGCAAUGAACAAAUGAUCGAGGUGUCUUUUGUAAAAUUGAUUUUAUUUUCAGCCAAUAAGUCCAACUGUUAAACUUUGUGUCUUUAGAAAUUCAUUUAUUAAAUGCGAUCGCAUUUCAUGAAGUGAACUUGAGUUUUUCCCAUUGUUUAUGUACACACAAAAUUUUAAUCUCUCGACUUAAGAGUAAUUUUAAGGACCCUUUAAAUUUUACAAUUUAAAGAGCACGAUUUUGUAUAAAUAAAUAGUCAUACCAUCA